AUGGGUCCACCACCUUUGCCACCUCGAGUUCCCCCUAGACUCCCGCCUCGAAACGGAAACGAACAGGUGGAAAACUCCUUAGAUGGAGCAACAGACAGUCACAUUUUAGCGCAAGAAGAACCUGAAAAAGAGAGUCAAUUAUACGAGGCUAGCAGAAGACCUGAGAUUGCUGAUUUGGGAUGGGCUAGACCUGCUGAGUAUUUCGGAACACCCCUGAUUGCUGGGUUAUCUAACGAAGACUGGUGGAUGCUGGUCAGGAGGUUUGAUAAGCAAAUCUAUAAUGUCAAAGCUGUACCGGAUGCGCCCCUACAGAGGCUGGAUCUGACCCGUGCUGAAAAUGAUGAUUUCUCGCCGGAUAAGCUGCGCGCUAGUGUUGAGAGAUUUUAUACGACAGUGAUCAUUAAUUUCAUAAGCUUUAUUAAACAUAUUGCACGUCUACGUUCCUGGAAAGAGACCAAGCGAACAACAAUCUUCUGUGUCAUCUAUUUCGUCUCUUGGUUUUUUGACCUGCUCAUCACAACAAUAUGCUCGGGCUUAAUUGUCUUUAUCAUGUUUCCCUCGAUAAGAAGGAUGCUGUUUCCCGCGGCGCCGCUUGCUUUAGUCAACAAGAAUACUGGAGGCGUUCAAAAGCCCAAGGCUGGCGUACUGGGCUCCGAUACCAGCGUGACCGGUGCUCCAGAGAAUCUGAAAGGGGAAGCGGCCGAACAGGAGGCAAGCAAUUUAGUAGCCGAAGUUGCCAAUGUCGCAGCGGUUAGUGCAGUCGGAAAGCAAGACAGAGGGUUCGAAGACUCUGAAAUAUCCGAUACGGACCCUACGAGUUUUGUUAAUAGCUUCGCGGAUGCAAAAAGCGCUGCUAGUGGAGAAAUUCCCAUUGAUUCAUUUGAUAAAACGCGACAGCCGAUGAAGCAAACCGUGAUUGAUGGUGCGGAUAAGGUCAUGCAGGUUCUUUGCGAUAUUACUGAUACAUUUGAAAAGUUUGGAAAUGCUGUGUCCCCGACACCUCCAUUUGAUCAAUUCGCUCCUCGUAUGCGCUUUGCAUCAAUACUUGCCCCUAUAUGCGCAGUAUCAAUGCUUAUAUCUAGUUACCUCUUGAUUAAGAUCCUAGCGCUCGUCAUUGGCCUGGCAUUCUUUGGAGAGCCAGUGGUCAAGCACGGCACUGCAUACUUGGAUGAGAAAUAUCCUACCUGGAAGGACCGCAUCCAAUUAGGAAACUCACUUCUUAAGGGGAUCCCAACCAAUGCUCAAUUAACCCUGACGAUCUUGCGCAUCGGCGAGGCAAACUCAUCACCACUGCCACCUCCACCUAUCAAGCGCAAACCAUCUUCAAGACCAGAAUCCAUCCGACAGAAUAGUAUCCCACUUGGCGCUUCCCAAGAAGAAAUUAACCAAGCAGCUGCAGGUGACAACACCCUCCAAUCAGAUUCAGCACAGGGAGCAACCAAAAAGAAUAAUUGGGCGACCAAGUCCCUCUUUCUUCUCCGGCAGACUACGGCAACGGGAAUCGAAGGUAAACGAGUCAUUGACCGGAUGCGCGCGGUUGCCGGCUCUCUUCGGGCCCAGAAUCAAGUCGGCGUGCUCCGGCUUAAAGACGAAAUGUCCAACCCUAUCGGACCUACAGAGUUUGAGGGCCGAUACCGGGGUAAACGAGGUGCUGUGGUUAUCGAUUCAACCAAGGAGCCUCAGAUGCUUUAUUUUACUACGGAUAUGUGGGGUGGUGGUGUCCAGAUGGAGAGCCGGAAAGCGAGCUCAGUCUUGUUUACAAUGCCCGUUACGGAUAUUAGAGAGUUAAAAAAGGAGGGCGGUAUGGGGUGGAAGGGGAAAUUGGUAGUUGGGUGGGCUAUGGGUGCUAGGGAGGUUGUUGAUGGCUUGCUUAUUGUGGGUAAGGAUCCAGAGCAAGCAUUCCAGUUAACAGCUAUGAAGACGAGAAAUCAGCUGUUUAAUCGACUGAUUGCAAUUGAUACACAGAUUUGGGAGUACUGUUGA